UACCGGGGUACACUGUAUUGUUUAAGUCAUUAUUCUGGUAAGCAAUAUGUUUUAUGAACCAGUUUGCAAUUCAUUUAUACAUCCACAGAUAUGUUGUUAACUUAUUACAAUUUCAAAUUGUUUUGUACGCCCAAGGUAUUACCGACACAAAUGAUUCAUGUUAUACUUUCAUUAACUGUCGUUUUUACAUUUAUUUCAAAAGCAUAAUGCCUGUACAUCACAAUGUACGUUGGUAUGCAGCACAAUUGUCUAUUUUCUUAUCGUAUGUUAAUGGUGGAUAAUCAAAUUAUCAAAUUAUUAUAUUAUAUUAUCAUGUUGUUAACAUAUCAGAGCAGACGGAAUAGAUAUUCACAGAAAUUAAUAGCAAAGCAAUACGAUGGCUGUGACAGUAGACGAGCUGUUUACGAAAGACUUGAGUGACUUGAUGAAGGUUACUGAAGAUUUGCUGGAUACCAAGGAUCCUGAUACGAAGGCGUUUGUUACAGAGCGCAUCAGAGACAUGCAAGCGUUUCUUCAAGAAAAACAAUUGGAGGCAGAGAAGCAAUGGCAAAAGGAGAUAAACGAAGAUGAGAAAGAAAUCAAGUCCGUGCAAGACAGGAUUGUAAAGCUGCGCGACGGAGGGGUGGAGGAUACAGUGGGUGAUACUUUGGACCACUUGAAGUUAUGGAAGGACCUGAAGGACAACGAGUGGAAAAAUGUCUACUGGUUCUUUAUCCGUGAGACUAGGGAACCAGUGCAACUCGUGCACGAAAAGUUGCUCACGAUUCUCAAUAAAGCAUACGAAGCUGCUGGAGAACAUAUGCGAGAUUCACGUGCGCAAAUUUUCUACCAGGUGAUCCAACCUGGCGCCGCGUUUGAGAGGACUCGUGAUAGACAGGAGGCUUUGAAAGCCUUCAAGAAUAGAGAGGAGGAAUUAAAUGAUUUAAGUGCCCUGUGCCAAUUCAAAGCAAUGCCGUUUUGUAUAGAUUCAAUAAAAAAGAAUAUCAAGGAUGCUAUACUAAAAAAAGACAAAAUUAUAUGUACAGUGCCAAACGCUUCCGAUGAAUUCCAAAAGGCAAUAGAUAACUACUUUAUAAAAUGCAUCGAGUUUUCUUGGGCGGCGGCCUUUAAAGAUGUGUCUCCUAUUCUGCUGGUCACUGAUCCGAACAAAGAAUGUCCAAAGAAACUCCUCAAUAGCUUCGAAGGUCUCGAUAAGUUACAUAAACUCUGUACUGUGGAAUGGCCGGCUCUAGUUCAAGGGAAUUCCAUUAUUUGUCCGUGGGUGUUGAGAGAAAGAAAUCAGCUCCGCCCUUCAGCUCCUCCGUACACUAAGGAAGAAUUGCUAAAUGUAGGGGCACACAUAACUGCACAUGGACGCACCGUUGAGUCUCAGAGUCGGGCGGAGAUGACGUCACCGAUAUUAACACGAAGACCACUUCCAAAACCUCCAGAAACCGGAAAGGCGAUCAAAUCCAUUGAAAAGACUACCAAGCAACACCAAAUAGAUGCAACUACAGCGUACAAUGUGCCUAGUAAGAAGCAACCGAAGAUACAUGGUAACAUGCGAAAUAAUCAAAAUGUAAAUUUUUGAUAGUACAACCCUCUGCUUUAUGUACUUAAAAUGCAUGUGUAGAGAUCGAUUGUGAUAAGACGUUAUUUAGUAUCCCGCACUUUUGUGACCACGUGUUAAGGUUGACCACAUAAAUGAAGAAAUCAUUAUUGUGUUUGUUAAAACUACCAUUGUACACAUUUGGAAUUUGUUAUGUCUAUAUGUUUGACGUCUUAACACAGUUUCAUAACAACGUCAAAAAGCCAAUAUGAUAAUUAUGCAGUUGAUAGUAAGUAUAUUCAAUAACAAAGCAGCUUAUGUAUAUACGUUGUAAAC